AUGGACGCCUUCAACAACUUCAAGCCGGUGUCGUUGGCCAACGUGGCCCAAGCGGACUUGUCGGUGUUCACGCUUACCCCCGAACAAGAGGCGCUUGCCCUGCAAUUUUGCACCCUCGCCAACAGACUCGACGAGCCGCAAACUUUGACCGCCCUCAACGACAACUUGAGAACCCGCACCUUCAUUGCCGGUAACGUCCCGUCCAAAGCCGACUUCACCGUGUUCGCUACUGUCUACCCCAUCGCCGUCAAGUGGACCAGCAUCGACCAAAUCGCCAAGUACAGACACAUCCUCAGAUGGGCCUACUUGGUGCAAAACCGUCUUAUCGAAGUCCCCGAUAAGCUUGUGGUCAACCUCGACAUCGAGCUCCCCAAGGAAGUGAAGGAGAAGAAGAAGAAGGACGCCGCUGGCGCCGCUGGUGCCGAUGCUAAGGGCAAGAAGGACAAGAAGGACAAGAAGGGCGAUGCCGCUGCCGCUGCUGGUGGCGAUGCCAAGGCCAAGGGCGGUAACCAAAAGGAGCUUACCGAAGAGGAAAAGCAAAAGCGUGCCGAACAAGCCAAGGCCAAGAAGGAAGCGAAGAAGGCUAAGGCUGCCGCCAACCAGAAGCCCCAAGCGGCGGCGGUGCCUCCUAACCCCGGUAUGAUCGACUUCCGUGUCGGUUUCAUCGAAAAGUGUGUCAAGCACCCCGACGCCGAUGCCCUUUACGUGUCGACGAUCCAGAUGGGCGACGAAGAAGGGCCCAGAACCGUGUGCUCGGGUCUCGUCAAGUACGUGCCUUUGGAAGACAUGCAACAGAGAUACGUCGUCACCGUGGCCAACUUGAAGCCCGUCACCAUGAGAGGCAUCAAGCUGUGUGCCAUGGUGUUGUGUGCGUCUAAGGACGACAAGGUUGAAUUCGUCAACCCUCCUCCUGGGUCGCAACCGGGUGACAAGAUCUUCUUUGAAGGCUACGACGCCGAACCCGAAAAGCAAUUGAACCCCAAGAAGAAGAUCUGGGAAGCGGUGCAACCGGGUUUCUCCACCAACGACGCCUUCGAAGUUACCUACACCGUCGAAGGCAAGCCCCCCGCCAAGUUGGUCAACAAGAAGGGCGAGCUCUGCCACAACUCGACCAUCGUCAACGCCGACGUCAAGUAA